AUGAAAUGAAUUAUAAUCUCCAAAAGAGAAAAUUAACAAAAAGAAUUUGCUUCUUUUUGCCUUUUUCUUUUUUCCCGGUCGAUUUUAAUCUUCCUUUUCACUCUACCUUUCCAAAAUCAUUACAACUUUUUGGUGUAUGAAUGAACUAUUUCUCGAGUUUAUGUAGGGUGGAUCUUGUUUUUUUGUUUAAGUACAAUGAUUGAAGAUAUUUUACUUUUGCAGUUUCCGUAAACAAACAAAUUUUUUUGGCAACGGCUGUUUGGAAAGGUGGAAUUGAUUAGGUGAUAAUGGAGAUGAACAGGGAAAAGGAUGAAGAUAGUAAAAGUGGUCUACUGAUCUCCAUUUCUUGUUUACACUGAAAAUCCUACUGCCCUAGCUCACUGCUUUGGCCUUUCUUCAAUUCUGACAUUUCGAAUCUAUGGAGGAACCGGUAGUAGUUGAUGUUCUAAACGACGAACAUAAGGUGGAAGAGAAUGCUUUGACGAAACCACUUCUUGAGGUUUCGGUGUCUUUUGGUAGAUUUGAGAAUGAUUUAUUGUCUUGGGAGAAAUGGUCGACUUUCUCGCCUAAUAAGUAUCUGGAAGAAGUUGAGAAGUACGCAACACCCGGAUCUGUUGCUCAGAAGAGGGCUUACUUUGAAGCUCAUUAUAAGAAGAUAGCUGAUAGAAAGACUAGGUUACUGGAGCAAGAGAGGGAAAUGGAAUUUAAUACAACAGUAUCAAAUGAACUGAACGGUGGAGGAGAUCUAAUGGGCCACAAUGAAAGGGCUGAUUCUGAAUCCGAGACAUCGAACCACCAUGUUUCUGUUGAAGAAGUUGACCGAAACACGACGAUGAUUGGUGAGGUCAGUAGUGUUUACCAAGAAGUAGUGAAGGAUGAUGUUGAAAGUAAUGUAGAAUGUGAAAGCUCACCAGAUGGUGAAAAGGAAGAACCUGAGGGAAAAUUUGAUUGUGUUGGUUCUGACUCUGAGACAAGCAAACAAGAAGAAGUUGUAGUGAAAGAAGUAGAAACUCCUCCUCCAGUUGAAUCUCGGACCACGAAGGAACCUCCACAAAAAUUGGUCAAUAAAGUAUCGGCAGUAUCUAAAGUCAAACAGCAGAUUCUAAAACCAAAUCGACUAAAAGAAUCUAAGAAGACCACUCCAGUAGUCAAGGAACGAAACAGUGCAAGUGUGAAGAAGAAACCAGUAUCAUCCACGACCAAAGCAGCCCAGAUUGCGACCCCCAAACUCUCCAAGACAACACCAGGACCCACCACACCAGCAACACGGUCUUCUGUGCCACGGUCCUCUAUAAACAAGGGAAGUAAUUCAUCUCUAAGGAGCCGGAAUCCAUCUUCUGUUGAAAGCAAGAAAGUAGCGCCUAAGUCUCUGCAUAUGUCUCUUAGUCUGGGAACUCCCAACUCUGAUCCAUCUUCUGGUAUCGGAAUUAGAAGGUCUUUCAUCAUGGAGAAAAUGGCAGACAAGGACAUUGUGAAACGGGCAUUUAAGACAUUUCAGAACAGUUUCAACCAAAUGAAAUCGUCUCCUCAAGAGGAGAGGUCUUCUGCUCCUAAGAUGGUUCCUGCGAGAGAGAGAGAAACAACAAAAAUCUCCACUUCCGUGGCUGCUAAAAAGGAGACUGAAGGGAUGCACAAAGUAAGUGGUACAAUAAGAGGUACAGAUAACAGAACGGCCAGGGUUGCUCCAUCUCAAAAGUUGGAUGGAACAACCAAUGCAAAAGUUAUUGGGAGAACAAGCCUGCAAUCGAAAUCUAAGGUUGUUCCAUCUCAGAAAGUGGAGGAGAAAUUUAAUGCCAGAGCGGGAGGAAGAACAAAUCUUCUAUCAAAAUCAAAGGUUUGCUGAAGUGUGGAUGCUUCUAGGAAUGGGCUUCGCUCUUAAGUUUUGUAGAUUGGAAACAAACCGUCAGCUACCAGGUGUAUCAACAAUGGGAACCGAAUCUGGUUGGACGUUGAUAAAAGUUACUUCUCCCUUCUCCCUGAAGGGCUUCAUGUCAUGAAUUCAUUGUUUCCCCUGAAAGUAGCAGUCUUUGUCGAUCCAGAGUCUAUGUAGAUUGGAGUGGGAUAGGAUCUUUAAUGAAGCAGAUGGUGCCAUUUUACGAGGUUCAUCAGUAAUAUACAGAAAGCUCGAGGGGACCCGAAAUAGCCCCGAUUUAUAUAUAACUAGAAAAGGGCAUCUGUGUGUAUGAUGUUGUAUUGUCUUAGAAUUGCCUUAUUUUCUUUCAGAUAGGUGCAAAUGCUAUAUAUAAUGUAUACUUCAUAGUCCCCAGUUGCUACAUGAUGUUUGAUGAUACUACAAUUUUAGACUAGAUGGAGAAACUUCGGAUUAGCCUUUAUAUUAUCCAUAUUUUUCGAUUGAAUAAUAUUCACUCAUUGUAAAA